AUGCGCCUGACCCAGCGAGUUGCCGCCUUCGCCAAGGCUCCCAAGGUCCUUAUCACUGGUGGCGGCGGUCAGCUCGGCCCUGGUCUCGCCAGGCUGCUUAGAGAGCAAUAUGGACACGAAAAUGUGGUCCUCAGCGAUGUCCGCAAACCCAACAAUCCAGAGGCUUACAACGGUCCCUGGAAGUACGCCGAUGUCACCGACUACAAAGGUCUUGAGAAGAUCAUCGUCGAACAGGACAUUGACUGGGUCUUCAACUUCGCGGCUUUGCUCUCUGCUGUGUCGGAGGCGAUGCCCGAGCUGGCCUACAACGUCAACGUGGGUGGCUGCAAAAACGUCCUCGACUUGGCGAAAGUGCACAAUUUGCGCGUGUUCAUUCCAUCGACGAUUGGGGCGUACGGGCCUACUUCCAAGUUGACGCAUCCGGACGGCGUGCCAGACAUUGACAUUCAGCGCUGCACCUCGCUCUACGGCGUCCACAAGGUUUUCGUGGAGAACUUGGGCGAGAACUAUUUGCGCAAGUUCGGCGUGGACUUCCGCUGCCUGCGCUAUCCGGGCAUCAUCUCCGCCGACACUGAGCCAGGCGGGGGCACCACCGACUACGCUGUCGACAUUUACAAGAAGGCCGUCAAGGGCGAGAACUACACCUGCUACUUGAAGCCGGACUCGACGUUGCCGAUGAUGCACGUCGACGACUGUCUCAGAGCAACAAAAGAGUUCAUGGAGUCGUCAGCGGAGCUUCUCAACGUGGCUCGCCCGGGCAACCGAUGCUACAACAUCAGCGCGAUGAGUUUCAACCCGGCGCUGGUGCACGACUCGAUCAAGACCUUCUUCCCGCAGUUCGAGGUUGAUUACAAGAUCGAUCCGGUGAGACAGGCGAUUGCCGACUCUUGGCCACGCCGCUUCGACGACAGAAACGCUAGAGAAGUGUGGGGCUGGGAUCACGAAUACGACCUGGCAAAGUUGACUGAAUACAUGAUCCAGAAUCUGGGCGGAUCGACUGCUGCUGAAAGCAAAAAGGCUUCACUGUGA